AUGCGCUUUGCGUUAGGUUCCAGACGCUACGCCUCGCAAGUCAGUCCUACGAGCAAUAUUCCAGGUUCAAACGAAGACGAAGAUGACGACAAAUACUCAAAGAAUGCGAAGUCAAAGCAGUCAGAAUCGCGUUUCGGAUCGACCGUCUUCAAGGUGUUUGAGACUGCCGCAACCACCUUUGCUUCGAUCGCCAUCCUCGGGUUGGCUGGCUAUUCAUAUCACAUCUACUACAAAGACCUUGUCUUGCGGAAGAUGGACAUGGCAUUUACACCAGGUGAUCCUAUGCUAGACAUGGCCUCACCACCUGGGGCACAUGAGUCUGUUCAACAUGAUGACGAAACUGAACAUUGGGUCGACCGGCCUGAACAAACGAAAAUCGACAGUAUUAUCAACGGCGAGGCAAAAGGACGGUAUUUCCUGCUUGUUGGCGAGAAAGGAACGGGGAAGUCUACUAUGGUAUUGGAAGCUAUGCGCAAGACCAAUGGGGAAGGGGUAUCCAUGUUUGAAGCCCACGCCGACCCUGAGAUCGUCCGAAUCCGUCUGGGUAAAGCGCUCAACUACGACUUCCACGAAGAUUACAUUGGCUCACUAUUCUCCAUUCGCGGACCACGGGAUACGACAGCCUUGCUAGACAUUGAACGGGCAUUCAACAAGUUGGAAAAGAUAGCCCUGGCGCACCGAAAUGGCUCCCGCCUCCGGAGCAAGCGGAAAGGGCCCCUUGUGCUAGUUGUCAACUGCGCCCAUUUGAUCCGCACCGACGAGGAUGGCAAUGAUCUAAUCGAAUUGCUCCAGCAAAGAGCCGAACAGUGGGCAGCGUCAAACCUGAUUACGAUGAUUUUCAACUCAGAUGACUAUUGGGUCUACGAACGAUUGAAACGCUUUGCCACAAGAAUGGAAGUUAUACAGGUUCUUGACCUACCCAAAUCUCGUGCGAUCGCCGCUCUAGGCAGAUAUCGGGCAAGAUAUUUCCCAGAGCAGAAACGAGACCGGGAGGUCUUGAAACAGGUAUAUGAUCUCGUCGGAGGACGGCUGAACUUUCUAAGCCGUGUCGCCAAAAGCAGGGAUAUGCUCAGGAUGUGUCAUCGAAUUUGCGAAGCCGAGAAGACGUGGUUCCUGAAUCAGUGCGGUAUUUUGGGUGAGUCCAUGGACGACGACGUAAUGGACCAGCAAAAGUAUGCCAGCGCUGCCAUGGUCCUCGCCAAAGCACUGGUCGAGAAAGAAAAGGAGAUGGAGUUGCAUUAUGACGAACACAAGGGUCACGUCCUGCCUCAAAUCCCGCUGUACAUCGCUCGUCAGAUCAUGACCAGAGCUGACUUCAUUCAGCAAUAUGACCACGACAACAUAUUUACCAUCGACAGCACGGCCAUGGUGCGACCAGAUAGCGUUCCGAUGAUGAAUGCAUUCAAGGACAUCUGCUCUGAAGACGGAUUUGAUGAAUAUCUGCAAGCCACUCUGGAUCGCAUCUCGGCUAUUGAGAGCAUUAAUCGAACAAAAGAACUCACAUUCAAGGACUUAUGGACUGAGCAGAGCGGAGAACAGAAGGGCAAGUAUACAUUUCUUACCAAAGACCACAAAGGACGAGAGACAGGCACCAUCGAGAUGCGAGUCCAGCCGGACCAACCACCUGAAGAUUGA